GUGAAGUUUGACCAGCUCUAGGGCGCAUGUCACUUCUGAAAAGAAAGCUGGUGUUGUCCACUGGACAUGCAGCUCGGAGCCUUGGUAAACGUUACACUUUAAAUGUUAUAGCAGUUCCAACUACAGACUUUGGCUAUUACGAAAGUUUACUUUUUGAAUUUACAUAUUGAGAAUCAAGGAGGACCUUUCAGCUUAGCGUUAGCUAAGUUGCUAACUUCCAUAGACUAACCUUUCUGUUUAAACUAGCUUGCGACAUGAAAGCUGUUAUUUUAGCAGCAGGAUAUGGGACAAGGUUGCAAAGAGAUGUUGAGAAUGACACAACUGGACGAUUCAAGCAUCUGUUGGGCAUUGCCAAGCCAUUGCUCCCCGUGGGCCACUGUGCUCUUAUAUCUCAUUGGAUCAAGGCAAUGACUGCAACUGGAAGUGUGGAUACCAUAUUUGUGGUUACAAAUGCACUCUACUUCGAAGCUUUUCAGACAUGGGCCCAGGACUUUCCCAAUGUAAAGAUUGUCAGUGAUGGAACCAGCACAAAUGAGGGUCGGCUUGGUGCUGUCGCUUGCCUCCAGCUCGCAAUCAAGCACUUCUCAGUUGAGGACCAUGUGAUAGUUGUUGGAGGGGACACAUUGUUCAAAGAAGACUUCAGUCUGUUAAAGUUCACAGGGAGGUUUAGUGAACUCCAGGCCAAAGACAGUGAUGCAAAUCUGGUGCUCUCUUAUCAAUGUAAAGAAGAGGACACAUCGAAGUAUGGGAUUCUGGAAGUUGAUGAGGACCUGCGUGUGAGCUGUAUGAAAGAGAAGCCUCGACCGUCUGACACCCAGUCCAGGAAGGCAUGCCCCUGUUUCUACUUGUUCUCCAAAGGCAGCCUUCCACUCUUAGAUGUCUUCCUCCUUGAGAAAAAGAAUGCACCCAUUGAGCAGAGGGAUGCCCCCGGGACCUUUCUGUCUUGGCUCAUCUUAAGAAAACCUGUGUACGUCCAUGAAAUAUCUGGGCGCUUUGAUGUGGGAAACCUUCCAUCCUACAUAGAAUGCGACCAAUAUUUUAAAGACAGAGUCCAAGAUAUUACCGUUUAUUUACAUUAACAUGUCAAAAUAAGCAA